CUUGCUGUAGAAAUGGACGUUGAGACAGUUUUGUGGCUUCGCGUUUUUUGUUUAUAUCUCCGAUAAUCGACGUCGAAAACUUUUGUAAUUACUUUUAAAAGCCAUCCUUUUGCACAAUAAUGUAGUGCGUGCAUUUAAUAUUUAGUAAAAUCGUGUGUUUAGUGUAUUUGCGUUUGUCUUACCAUAGCACCAUUUGGUUGGGCAUUGAUUUAUGUGCUGGGAUCUUUAUAAUUUUUAAAAAUCACUUAUUUACAAAUCUAUACUUUGUUAUAAUUAAGUUUAAAUGAACUUAUAUUUGUAGCUUAAUCUGUUAUUGUGUAAGUUUAACUUUGUUGGGGGUGUAUGAAAUAUAGAUUUUAUUUUCCGUCGACUUUAAGAUGGUUUCUUGCUGACAUUAUGGCACUGUGUGAAGGUCAGUUAGAUUCUGUGUUGCCGCAGCUGAAGAGGGAAGAGUCCUCACCUUCCAGUGAGGGUCCAGAGUCACCACAAAAGAAGCCAAAGCUGGAGCCCAAUGGGGACAUAUACGGCCUCAAUAAAGUCCCCGGCGGUCUGCCGUUGAGUGUGGACUAUCGUUCGCCCGUCUCACACUUCGUGCCUCCUGCUGUCGAAUUGUACGCUGCGAGACAUAAAACCAGAGAUAUCAGUAAUGGACCAAAGGCAGAAACUAGUUCCUCCACUCCAGCUAAGAGAAAGAGGGGAAGGCCGAGGAUUGAUAAAACCAGCCCCGAGUACUUGGCCAAUGUUGCAGCGAGGAAACAAGCUAAAGAAAUGGGCAAACCGAUGUUAAAGAUAUCGUGCGGUAGUCGGGUAGUGAAAACUAUCCAGGCUAAAAGCAAACACAUGAGGAAACUACCGCCUCAUGCCGGUGUGAGGCAAAUCGACGAUAAUAAAGUCCUUGUGAGGCAAAACGACCAAAAAGUUGUCGUGAGGCGAAAAACAAUGUUUAUUAUGAGGAAAGAUUCGGCUGCGUCUUCAUCGACGGGCGAUUCCACACCGCGCGUCAAACGCAAGUACACCAAAAGAACUCCAAGCACCAAGAAAAAUGAUUCACAGUCAUCAGGAGAAAGAGUGAAGGGUAAGAGAGGUAGACCGAGGAAAAUAGAUCAAUUGGCGAAAGAACAACAACCCAAGAUUAGAGUGAGAAGUAAUUUGAUGCCAAAUUCAGAACCAAUUCCCGUGGACAGUGAUGAUGAACCGGGUUUAGGUUCUCCGAGUCAGGCGUCAGAUUCCUUGAGUUUGGAUGAAAAUCUACGAGCUUUGCGUCACAUACAUGAGAAAUAUGCCAACAUUGAUAAGGACGACAUGUACGAGGCGCACUUGUUGGCGGCCAACUUCAAGAAGCCGGCGGCGGAGGGCGCGAGAACUUCACACGAUGAGGACGUACUCUCUGUCAGGAGCUCUGAAGGUUGCACGUUAAAUAAAGAUGUGGAUACGAGAGCUGUGAAAAUUGAUGACAGUUCUAAUUCUGACUCCGACAGUAGUACUUCAGGAUCCUGCAGCUCCUCUUCUGGCAGCAGUUCCUCCUCCAGCUCGGGCUCCUCCAGCUCCUCUGACAGUUCUGACAGCGAGUCUGACACGGAGCGCCCCCCGCAGCCCCCACCUGCCGCUCAAGAUGACAGAUCAUUUGGGGCAUGGUCUAGCUACAGUGGUGCGCAGACGCACUCCGGCUCCGAGUCUAACAGCGAGGACGAGGUGGAGGCGGGGCUCGGGGCGGCGGGGGCGGGGCCGGGCCCACAGGGGGCGGGGCCUGAGACACGCCCAGAGGAUGAUAUCAGCGAAUCAGAGAACGAGUCGGCGGAUAAAAGCUUCCAAUGUUACAUUUGUAGGAAGUGGUAUUCAACACGGGUUACACUUAAAAUACACAGACGUGUACAUCAGAACCGUGGUGGCGGCGGCGGCGGGCGGUCGCGUGCUCGCUGCUCAGAGCGCUACGAGUGUGAUUGCUGCUCAGAGACCUUCAGCCGCCGUGAUAAACUGCGCGAACACAAGGCGGAGGCUCACCGCGGCAGUAUGACUGUGCGCUGCGAAGUUUGCCGCAAGUGUUUCGAAGAUGAGGCCGAGCUGGCUGCGCAUGAUGCUGGACACACAGCUGAUGAGCGCGCAGGUCGUUGCGACAUGUGCGGCGCUCAGUUCCCGCGCUACGAGCAGCUGUCGCGACACCGGCAGUGCGCACACGGCGCCCUCCCCCCGCACAUGCCGCACGCGUGUGCGCAGUGCGGCAAGCGCUUCUCACACGCGCACUCCCUCACCCGCCACAUGCACAACCACGCCAAGCAGCUCUACCGCUGCGUCGUCUGCAAGGCGUCAUUUGCACGAGCGGAUCAAUUAGCGCAACAUCUGAACAGUCACCUCGCGAACUACAAGCGCAUGAAGCCGUAAGACACGUCACGACACGUAGACGUAACGUACACGACACGGCGGCGACACGGUCACGACACGCGGCGGCCGCGCACAGGGACAAGGGGAGAGUGCAAGCAAUGGAUUUAUAUAAGGACACAACACACAAUAUUAAU